GGUCCCCCGCCCCAUCCCUCAACCUCCUCCUCUUUUGCCUGCAGCCAAGCGUCCCCUUCCCCCAUCGUCGGGUUUCUCCGCGGCUACUGCAGCGGAUUCAGAGCCGAGUAGCUGAGGAGAAGGAGGAGGAGGCUCCCGUCCCUGCGCGCCAUCCACCACCCUACUGGACACGGACGAGGGAACGAGAGCGUCGCCGCUGUAGCCUCCGGAGAAGACAAGGGCACCGCCGCCUCAACUGCCGCCGCCGCCGCGGUUUUCGCUUGUAGCAGCUCGCUGGAUCCUCAGUCUUCCACAAUGAACCCUGUUUACAGCCCCGUGCAACCUGGGGCUCCUUAUGGCAACCCUAAGAACAUGGCCUAUGCUGGUUACCCCACAGCCUACCCAGCAGCUGCCCCUGCCUACAAUCCCAGCCUGUACCCGACCAAUAGCCCCAGUUAUGCUCCAGCCACGCUGCUGAUGAAACAGGCCUGGCCACAGAACUCAUCUUCCUGUGGCACUGAAGGCACCUUCCACCUCCCAGUGGACACCGGGACCGAGAACCGAACUUACCAAGCAUCCUCUGCGGCUUUCAGAUAUACUGCAGGGACACCAUACAAGGUCCCACCGACCCAGAGUAAUACUGCUCCACCCCCCUACUCCCCAUCACCCAAUCCCUAUCAGACGGCCAUGUAUCCAAUCAGAAGUGCCUACCCCCAGCAGAAUCUGUAUGCCCAGGGAGCCUACUACACACAGCCCGUGUAUGCCGCCCAGCCCCAUGUCAUCCACCACACUACAGUUGUCCAGCCCAACAGCAUUCCCUCUGCCAUCUACCCAGCUCCUGUUGCCGCCCCCAGGACCAACGGUGUGGCCAUGGGCAUGGUGGCAGGAACCACCAUGGCAAUGUCAGCAGGUACCCUGCUGACCACACCCCAGCACACUGCAAUUGGGGCACACCCUGUCUCCAUGCCCACGUACAGGGCCCAAGGAACCCCUGCAUACAGCUAUGUGCCCCCGCACUGGUAAAGCCUGCAACCUGUCCAAAUCUGGAGUCACAUUGUAUGCAACUACUCAAGUCUUACACCGGUGCUGGAGCAGUCCCCUAGCAGCACCACCUCUAUUUGCAAGAAGAGACAACGGAAGUGCAAGGGUCACUUUAUGCAUCUUUAAUGAUUUUUAUUUUUAUUUUUGGUUUUUGUAAAAGCUGCUUUUUCUAAUCUAGGAGCCUCCCCCUCGUGCCUCCCUCUUAGCCACUGCCCUUCUGACUCUGUCCCCUCUUCCUACCUGACCAGGCCCAGUUCUCUCUGCACUUCUUUCCUUCCCUAAGCAUUCUGUCCCUACAAUCCCAGUAGCAGGCAGAGAGUGAGGUUUAUUGCAAUGGCUCAUCUACAGGCUAUAUUUCAUUUAGAGAACAUAAGAGAUGUGGCCAUCAGGUCUGAGGUAGGAACUUGAAGCUGUUGAGAAGGCCACAUCGCUGUCAGAUUGUAAUUUUGCUGAAGCAAGAUUACUUCAAAUACAAAGAAAUAUCUUCUAAGAACCAUUGCAGAAGACCAAGAACAAGCCCACCUGGUUAUGUAGGAAUGUUAUCAGCAGCUUCAUGUCCCCAGGCCCAGAACCUGGAAAAGCAGAGAAUUUGGGGUAGGGUGAAGGGAGGGGGGACACUGGGGAAGUAAGUGUGGAAAAGGGGCAAGAGGGUGCUCAGCUCUGGUUUGAAAGGUCUCUGGUCAUAUUGCUGGCCUGGACCUUCUGAUUUGCACAGUGAUGUUAGCUGACCUGGCACUUCCUCCAGAGAUGCUAUGACCUCAGACCUGCCAAACAGUCGCAUGGUGGUGGGAUCCCAGCAUCCAGAGGCUUCGGAAAGCCAGGAGCCUGCAUAAUCCCACCUUCAGCCUAAACCUCAUGGACCCACUCGAGGAGCUUUCUCCUCAGAGAGUGGCAUUUCUCUCUCUUGCCCUUCUGCCCUUCCCAGUGCCGGGGUGCACAUGUCUGUCCGUGGGGCUGGCAUGCAGGCCAAGCUCUUGGUUACCUUCUGCCAUUUCACGGCCAAAGUGAAGGAACCACAUUCCAGGAGGGAGCUUGCGGUUCUGAAGGUCAGGAUAGUGAAGGAAAACAAUAGCAAUAAUCAUUUCAUACUCAUGGAACUGAAGGAACCUUAGCAUUCAUCAUCUCAUCCAUUCCCCUAUUUGACAGAUGAGGAAACUGAGGCCCAGAGAAGCAGAAGGACUUCUCUGAACCUUAUAGUAAAUUAGCAUUAAAUGCAGCCUUCCUACUUACUGGCAUUUUGCCUACAAAAAUUUAUCAAGGGAUGGAUUGGCUUGGCUUUGUAAAAAUUAAGUCAGCAGUGUCCACAUCUGGUGAGCUCUGGAAUGACCUCUGGGCUUCUUCCUGCUAUUUUCCCUCAUGGACUCUAAAGGUGAAGGAUUGAAGACUAGGCAGAGGCCACACAGGGCAGAGGGCAGGAAGAGAAACUGCAUUUGGAAAGCCUGUGAAGACAUCUGGAAUGUUUAUCCUGCACUUGACUCCACCUCUAGGAAAAAAAAAAGCAAGUGGGCUCGCUGGAAGGGGCUAUGUACUUAGGAUAGUAGUCCUUUAUCCCAAGAAGAGAAGAAGAAUGGGAACCACCAAAAAUGGAAGACAAGGAUGAGGCCAAGCAGAUACAACCACAUCUGGGAGAAGAAGAGAGACCCCUGAGACAAGGAAGCCCUUCCUAGUCUCAGCCAGGAAAUGGAUUAGUCAGCCACCUUCCUGUGCCCAACUAGCCAAGCCAAUAGCCUCACUGGGUGGAAUAGGAGUAUCUUACUGUGUAAAAUUGGAUCACUGGUAACACCUGAGACUCGAACUAUUUUCAUUUCGAAUUCAUGUGAACUUGAACAUCACCUUCCUCCUAUUUCUCCUGUUCCCCUAAAGGAAACAAACAAACAAACAAAAAAAGGAAGCCCUUGAGCUAUAAUGACCUCAGAAACAGUCUGACUGUUUCCAGGAAUUCGGAGUCCAUCAGCAUCCAUGGCAGAGAGCCUGGCCUUCUAGGAGCUUCAGGACCAGAAGGAGAAAGCACAGCUAUUUUGGGGUACUGACAAGGUUUUCUUUUAAGACAAAGUUUUCCAUUGUUGGUUCCGCUUUUUUACAAUGCCUCUUUCUACCUUCAUUGGUUUUGUAGAGGUGGAUGAAGGUUGCUAUAGAUUAUGUCUUAAAUGUUUGAAAAAUGCCAAAAUAAUAAUGGUGGUAAUAAUUAUAGAAUACCUUCGCAUGUGUCAGGUGCUUCAUAGACGUUAAAGCACUUCACGACUGAUGUACUGGCCCUGAGAGCAAACAGCAGGGUCGGUUAUCCCACCUACUUGACAAAUGUGAAAACAGAUUCUAGAAGGAAAUGAAAUGGCCAAAAGUGAACUGUGCUGGAAUCCUGGCAGGUUUCCUAGACCCAGUGAUCUUCAGAUGACCUGGUAGAAGAAAAAAAAAGAGACCUAGGAAUGGCCUCUUAACAUUUGUUCUUUACACAUCAGUAAGUAAACACUGUGUCCCUCACAAUUCAUGUGGUUUGACCAUGAGGUGAAGGCAUGAUGCCUGCUAAAUAUUAAAAUAUUAAAAUAAUUAAAAUUAAAUAUUCAUAAAGAAUCCAAGACUCAGAAAAGUCCCAUGUGUGACUUUCUGGUAAGGAAUCCCCUGCUGGCUGUAAUCUCUCCAAGCCUGAUCCACACAUGGGCUCACGUUCUGAAUCAUCUAUGUUCUGUACCUCAUAUUAGACCUAGUUUGUGGAUUCAAGAUCAGAAAGACCCCAAGGUGAAAAUCAAGUGUUGACAUGCAGUAGUAUAGAGAAACCAGACCAAUUAACCUUUCUCAGUAAGAGCACAAGAGCCCCAGUUCAGCUGGCCUCCCACUUUUGUUUGACAGAGAUCAACAAGCCUGGCCAAGCUUGAGGGAGCCAUGGAAAACAGACUGAACCCCAGAACACAGUGUGUGUGUACCUUGGGUUAGGUGAAUACAGCUCUGGCAGGGUCAUAGGCACCUAGCAAGGGUGCCCUAGGUAUCACUUAAAGAUUCUGGAUGGCCCCAGUGGUCAAGAUAGAUGAGGCCAAAGCUGUAAGGGGCCCCUCACCAUAGGACAAGGCACACUGGCAUCACCACACACACACACGCACCUUGUUGACACCCCUGCCUCCCCCAAUACAAAGCUGAGGUAGAGGUGGAUCUGUUCACCAGCCUUCCUUGGUGCCAUUUGAUCAUCUUCAUCAGCCCUGGGCCAGAAAGUUUGGGUCUGAGAACUGGACUACUCCCAGUGAGUGAAAGCCUGCAAGUCUUGCCAUGCUUUCAAAACAACAAGUUCUUCCUAUGAGAUAAAAUUCUUUUUCCUUCUUGAUAUCCUGACAGUGACUCUGAAGUGCAUACCCCUUUUCCCUGAGUAUUCAUCAGGGACACACACAUCUAUCUGUCCAGACCUCUUUUUGUACAUAAAGUACUUUGACACUGAUUGCCAAAACCUCUACUUUAAAGAUACGGGCGGGGGUCAUCAUGCUCUGAAGGGAUGAGAGACUUGCCAGAGGACACAGCUCAUAAGUACAAGAGCCAAGACUUGAUCCUCUGUUCUGCUGCUGCCUCCUGCUGGGUCUCUUGAGUGUAAGCAUGCUUGAAGAAGGAAAGGACUAUGUGCUGCCCACAGAGGAAGCGUUUAUGGAGACUUGGGGGAGUUCCCAUUUUUCAGCUGAGAUUUUUGAGAAUUUCUGCUUUAGGCCAAGACUUAUAAUGGGCCCUGGGGGACCUAGAGGUAGAUCCAGCAGAGAAGUUGCCAGAAAAGACCUAACUCAGAACACCAAAUGUGACACUGCCCAGUACUGAAGAUGAUUGAGGACAGAACCAAGUAUCUUUGAGCAAGGAGCCUUGCUUCUGAGAAGCCUGCACAUGUUGGCUCUCUUGACUCCUGUCCAGAUCCAACAAGGCAGUUCAAGGGUACAUGGCAUAAGUGUGAACUUCUGAAACAAAUUUUGACUGGAGUCCUUAUGCUUGCUCCUCCAGGGAGAACCAGGUCCUAGAAAGGCUAACUAGGCUCCAUAUGUCCCAGUGUUUUCUGGCCAUCUAGAUGGUUCCAUGGUUGAGACCUUCCAAAGAAAUUUUGGAAGUCUUAAUGCUCUGUCCUGAAUAGCCUUCAGAAAUUAGUCAUGGGGAGCAUCAAAAUAGGAUAAGUCUCAUGGUCACCAAUUCUGGCAUCCUUAUUGUGCAGACAUGACAGAUCAAACAAGACAUUGGCUGAACCAGGCUAAGUUGCCUGCAUAUCAAAUAUCUUGCCCCUGCUCUGGCUGGAUCAAUCAUUAUUAUCCCAUGUGUGACUCAUAUUCAGCGAGCUCUGCCUUUCCAUCUUGUGUUAAUCAUGUCACUGCUGAGUAUGUGGCCCCUGUACUUGUCAAACUUGGGACUCUAGAGAAGGGCAGCCAGGGUUGGAGUGGACAAAGGGGAACAAGUCAAUGACGAAAUUUAGCCAGGCUCUCUGGUCAGAUGACACCUGAGCCUCUGGACAGAUUUCUGUGGACAUGCCAGGCUGGCAGCAGGCUUGUCUUUUUCCUACCCCUAUUCCCUCUCCUUGAAAAAGCACUCAUGAAAUUUGGUAUUAUGUGGUUCCACAACUCAAUCUUUGACAUUCCCAGCAGGCCAACUUCAACAUUCCAGGGCCAGACUUGCCUGGGCCAGACUUGGGUCCCAUUCCCUCAGUUUCUCCAGCAGGUAUGUCUUAAUUUUUAAACUGUUGAUGCCAGUCAGAAAGCCAGCCAAGAACACAGGAGUUGCCACAGAGCCAAAGAGGGACAUAACAGCACCUGCUUCACUGUGGCGGCUAUAUCAGUAGUCCUUAGGUAUCCCUGGUGUGGCAGUGUGUCCCUUCAUCCAUUCCAGGCUGGUGCCUGAGGGACAAUUUUCUUUCCCAAGAGAACAGAUAAAACAGCUUUACAGAUAGCAGCCCACAGGAAUCAAAUGAGUGAAAUCUGCUUUGGGCUAAACCCUAGCAUCCUCUAUCCUUGACCCCAGCUUAACCAUCCUCCUCAUGAAAAUCAAACUAAAGAGUAGGACUGGCCCAGAGACCUCAGGUCAGCCAGAUCAACUGGAUCUGUCUUGUGAACCAUGCUACUUACAAGGUGAGGCAAGACUAGGCCUCCUGCACCUUGAAGUUGUCUUUAAUCUUUGAAGGCCCAGGGCCUGCCCCCUUCCUGUCUUCAAGGCAUCUGAUCCCUCUUUCAUAUCACAUGACAGAGAAGCUUGUUCUCAUGGCAUGUAACAUCCCUGUGAAGAGAGCGUUGUGUAUGAUUUUGUAUUUUUUAUUCAUUUUAACCUACAGGUUGGAAUCUAAUUUUUAAAUUUUAUUGGAAUUCACAUUUUAAAAAUAAAAACGUUGAAAAAUAAUAAUUAUAAUAAUAAACCUUUGACCGGUGUCUUCCAAGUA